UUAUCACAAUAUCACAGUGAUGAGAAUUGAUAAGUUUCAGUUUGGAUCAUCAAAACAUAAUUUUAAUCCCAAUAUGAUAAUUGAUAAGUUUCAGUUUGGAUAAUUGGAUUAUUAAGAUGUCGACAAGUAUAAAACCAGUAAGAUGCUGACUCAUGUUCUUCACGUAGUUGCUGUGACCCUGCAACUCUACCCACAAUUCCUCGCUGUUUCUACCUGUCCACCAAUUCACCACCUUCGAUUCCUGAAUCCAGUCCGAUCGACGAAGAGGAGUUUUCUGUUGAUAUGAGGAGUUUUGGCUGCAGAUUACUUCUUCAUUCCAAAUCGUUUGUUAGGGCCUACUCAUCGACGUCUUCUGCUGAUUUUGCCUCCUCUGCCAAAUCCUUGAAUCUCUUCUCCGCCAUCAACCAGGCGCUUCACAUCGCCUUGGAAACCGAUCCCCGUGCUUAUGUAUUUGGAGAAGAUGUGAGCUUUGGUGGGGUCUUCCGCUGCACUACAGGAUUAGCUGAUCAAUUUGGAAAAAAUAGGGUGUUCAAUACCCCUCUUUGUGAACAGGGCAUUGUCGGAUUUGGAAUUGGUCUUGCAGCGAUGGGUAAUCGAGCUAUAGCAGAAAUUCAAUUUGCAGAUUAUAUAUAUCCUGCUUUUGAUCAGAUUGUCAAUGAAGCUGCUAAAUUUAGAUACCGGAGUGGGAAUCAAUUCAAUUGUGGAGGUUUAACAAUAAGGGCUCCUUAUGGGGCCGUGGGCCAUGGUGGCCAUUAUCACUCACAAUCGCCUGAAGCAUUUUUCUGUCACGUUCCUGGCAUCAAGGUGGUUAUCCCUCGAAGCCCACGACAAGCAAAAGGCUUGUUAUUGUCAUGCAUACGUGAUCCAAACCCUAUUGUCUUUUUUGAACCAAAGUGGCUUUAUCGUUUGUCAGUAGAAGAGGUUCCUGAGGAUGACUACAUGUUGCCUCUAUCAAAGGCAGAGGUAAUUCGAGAAGGCAAUGACAUAACACUUGUUGGAUGGGGCGCUCAACUAUCAAUUAUGGAACAGGCCUGUGUGGAUGCCGAGAAGGAUGGAAUUUCUUGUGAACUCAUAGACCUAAGAACUCUGAUACCCUGGGACAAGGAAACAGUAGAAGCUUCGGUUAGAAAGACUGGAAGGCUUCUUAUUAGUCAUGAAGCUCCUGUAACCGGAGGUUUUGGUGCUGAAAUCUCUGCUUCUAUUGUUGAACGUUGCUUUUUAAGGCUAGAAGCUCCAGUGACCAGAAUUUGUGGCCUGGACACUCCCUUUCCCCUUGUUUUUGAACCAUUUUACAUGCCGACAAAGAACAAGAUCUUGGAUGCUAUAAAAUCAACUGUAAAUUACUAGCGGACAUUUUAGCCGUGGCUAUCGUCACAUGAAUGUAAUCUAUGGUUGAUGGAAAAUGUAAAAUACCAUUGCUUCUGUUCCAUCUCUUUCAUUUUAUGAGAACAGCUCUAAUUUCCUUCUGGUGGAAUAUUUCUUAUUGUUGCCCUAUAUUAAUCCAUCUCUCUGCUGAAAAUAAUGGAAUUGUGUUUGGAAUUGUAAAAA